AGCCGGGGGCCUAGGGAGCGGCGGCACCACGCGGGCGGCGGCGGCGGCAGGGUCAUGGGGGGGGUGGAGAAGAGAAAGUACGAGCGGGGCUCGGCCACCAACUACAUCACCCGCAACAAGGCACGGAAGAAGCUGCAGCUCAGCCUGCCCGACUUCAGGCGCCUCUGCAUCCUGAAGGGGAUCUACCCCCACGAGCCCAAGCACAAGAAGAAGGUGAACAAAGGCUCCACGGCCCCCAGGACCUUCUAUCUUCUCAAGGACAUCAAGUUCCUCCUCCAUGAGCCCAUCGUCAACAAGUUCCGGGAGUACAAGAUCUUCGUCCGCAAGCUGCGGAAGGCGUACGGGAAGAGCGAGUGGGGCACAGCAGAGCGGCUGAAGGACAACAAGCCCAGCUACAAGCUUGACCACAUCGUGAAGGAGAGGUACCCAACCUUUGUAGAUGCGCUGCGGGACCUGGACGAUGCCCUCUCCAUGUGCUUCCUCUUCUCCACUUUCCCGCGGACGGGCAAGUGCCACGUUCAGACCAUCCAGCUCUGCCGGCGCCUGGCUGUCGAGUUCCUCAACUACGUCAUCGCAUCCCGCUCCCUGCGCAAGGUCUUCCUCUCCAUCAAGGGCAUCUACUACCAGGCAGAGGUGCUGGGGCAGCCCGUCACCUGGAUCACCCCUUACGCCUUCGCCCACGACCACCCCACGGAUGUGGAUUACCGCGUGAUGGCCACCUUCACUGAGUUCUACACCACCUUGCUGGGCUUUGUCAACUUCCGCCUCUACCACUCGCUCAACCUGCACUAUCCACCCAAGAUCGAUGGCCAGGCGGAGGUUGAUUUAAAGCCUGCGGAGGGCAAGGAGUACGCCAUGGAUUCGGAGAGCUACCUGGAGAAACUGUCAGCUCUGAGUGCCAGCCUGGUGCGUGUGGUGGCACCGGCCCAGGAGGAUGAGGUGGAGAUGGAUGAGUUCCCUGUGGAGGGGGAGACCGCUGAGCAGAUGGAUGCGAGGAGGAAGGAGCAAGAGGCCCUGGAGAAACACAAAAAGCUGUUUGAAGGGCUGCGCUUCUUCCUCAACAGGGAGGUUCCUCGAGAGCCACUCGCCUUCAUCAUCCGGUGCUUUGGUGGCCAAGUGUCCUGGGACAAGUCCCUGUGCAUCGGCGCCACCUACGACGUGAGCGACCCCUCCAUCACCCACCAGAUUGUUGACCGGCCCCGGGUGGAGCAGCAGGUUGUGGGCAGGUAUUACCUGCAGCCUCAGUGGGUUUUUGACUCGGUCAAUGCUAAGCUGUGCCUCCCUGUAGCUGAUUAUUUCCCUGGUGUGUUGCUGCCCCCACACCUCUCACCCUUCGUGACGGAGCAGGAGGGAGACUACAUUCCUCCUGAGAAGCUGAAACUGCUGGCCAUGCAGCGGGGCGAAGACCCAGGUGAAGAGAGUGAGGAGGACGAGGAGGAAGAGGAGGAGGAUGACAACGAUAAAGAAGAGGAGGAGGAAGAGGAAGAGGAGUCUGAAAAGGAAGAGGAGAUGAAAUUGAAGAAGAUGGAAGAGCAGAAGACUCAGAGCAACAAGGCACUUCCUGUGAAGGUGACCGCUGGCAAGGUGCGGCUGGAGGACAAGCAGCGCCUGGAGCAGGAACAGCAAAACGAGGAGAAGCGCCUGGCCAUCAUGAUGAUGAAGAAGAGGGAGAAAUACCUCUACAAGAAGAUCAUGUUUGGCAAGAAACGCAAAGUCCGAGAGGCGAACAAACUUGCCGCAAAGAGGAAAGCCCACGACAGUGCCCUCAAAGAAGAAAAGAAAAGCAAGAAGGCGCGGCGAGCAUGAUGGGGCAUUGACCCCCUGCACCAGGGGCUGGACUGGCUGUGUGCUGCAGAGACCAUAGUGUUUGGGUGAAAAACCCUCAGCUUUGCUCUUGGGACAGAAACUGUAAAUUAAAACGUUCCCUGUCUGUAAA